UUCUCUAUGGUUUGGGUUGGGCGUUUGGGUUUGGCUUCGUUAUUGAUUUUUCUCUAUUACAUUGAUACGAAUCGUCUUGAUUGUGUUUUAUUCGUGAAAAAUCUAUUAAUCUAAGUAAAAGUGAUUACAGAAGUAUUCAUCAUUAUAUUUUCUUGAACAAAGAAUCAUACAUUCCGAAAAAUGGCAAGCACUUCGACUGGAAGUGGAAAUAAACAGCUAGAAGGUUGGACCAAGGUAGAUAAGUUCCAGUUGUUACAAGCUUUUAAAAAAGUUGGUUCCAACGUUGAACUCAUUAAAGAAAUGAUUCCCUACAAAACUGAAGCCGAAAUUAUAGAGGCUGUAGGAUAUUACAAAGGUUUAGCUUAUGCACAACUUCCUGCAGCUAACCCCCCACCUAAAGUAAAUAAAAGAAAGAGUUCAGUUAAGGUGCCAUCGACGCCUCUAUCAGAGUGGGCCAAGUUAAUUUUAGAUACUCAUGGAACGGAUGGGAUCCAAACAGCAACAGCCGACGCAUUACGUUUGAUAGCUGAGUAUGAAAACAGAUCAGAUCCCAUUUUCACUGAGAAUAUUGAUUUUAAAAAAGCAUACCUUAUGCUAGCUGAUGCCUUGGAAGGCAAACCAAUACCAGAUGAUAAGGAUAUUCAAGCAGUUUUUGAUAAAUGUAUAGCUGAAACAGCACUGACCGCCAGGGAACUUCUUAAAGGCAAUCCAGCUUUAAGAGAGCUCAUUCAAUCCCUGGGGAACCCAGCCACAGAAGAUUCUAAUAAAUUCGCUAAACCUACAGAAGACGCUGAACUUACAAUUCUCCGAGAGUUGAUCACUAAAAUGAACUACAACCCUUUAAAUAUAUCUGAGGCCAAUCUGAAAUUCCCUACCAAUGCUGCAAAAUUGAACGAGGAGGAGUAGAGUAUACACCAAGAAAUUUAUAGGGUUCUGUGGUUUAGUAGUAAUAGAACCCAUAUUUUAAUAUUCAAAUAAUUUAAUUUACCUCUGCUACAUGUAAACAGCGGAUGGUUUUUUCUUAUCUGUUUAUCUCAUAGUGUAAGAUGUAGUUGGUUAACUCUAUAAAACUACCGCAUCUGUGUUUAAGCUAUUUUUGUUUGAUUUAGUUUUCUAUUUAUUAUUAAGGUUAAAAGUUAUGCUAAGUUUUGUUUAUAUGUAUAGUUCAAAAGGAGGGGACUCUUUUGAUAUACACUUGGCUGUGUUUUUUAUUGUUUUAAUACAAUGUACUAUAAGUUCGAUAUGAUACCACCAAACAUUGUAUGUUUUGAUUUGUGAUAACUUAAUUUAUUGAUGUGAUAUUGUCUAUAUGUCAUGGACCCAUAGAUAUUAGUAACUCAAACCCGAUUUAACAUGACAAAGCAGGGGAUGAGAAGAGUAUUUAUAUCAAACUGCCUAAGUGGUAGGAAAAAUAAUUAUGCUAGUUUAAGUAUAAUUGUUACUAACAUAAUUGAGUGACUAUUAUUCUGAUUUACUUGUUUGAUUGUGAUUUACUUAUUUUUAAGUUGAGUCAAUUAUGUUGCUACUCAAGUGUUUUUACAAUUCCAUUAAACAGUAUGCAGUAUGCUUCUUCACUAAUAUAAUAUAAUUAAUGUGAAUGUUUAGAUAUAGAUAAGAUUUGAGAGAAUAAACUCAUUGAACAAUCUAA